AUGCGCCUCCUAAUAGCCCUCCUGUCGUUCUUCGCCCUCGCCAAUGCCCAAUUUGGCUUCUUCGACCAAAUGUUUGGCGGCGGCGGCGGCGGCGGCGGCGGCGGCCAUCACCAGGAAAAGCGCCAGCAGAACAACCCCAGUGACGCUCGCCACUACCAGCACCAAUACACACAUUCCGCCUGUGACAACUACCUCUGUCCCGACACCCUCGCCUGCGUCCACUUCCCUCACCACUGCCCCUGCGCAUGGGACGCCAACGACGACAAGUUCGAGCUCGCAGAGGGAAUGCGCACGUGCGUUUCAAAAGGCGGUUUCAAGCAGGGAGAGACUGCACGCAAGAUUGAACUGGCGCGCAAGGGUUUGCUUUGA